CCGCAGUCGAGGAGAAGCAAAACGAGGCGGAACUUGUGAUGCGAUGCUCGUGGUGGUGCUGCUUCUCCCCAUCUCUAGUAGCAGCUUCCAUCCUAACUGGCCAAGUACAAUGCAUUUCGCUUUUCCCUAGGCCUCCAGAGCCAGUGCAUGUGUUCGUGAUGCAGAGUUGCUGAUUACGUGAAGUUCUUGUCCGUGUUACCCAAGUUUGGCUGGCCUAGUGAUUAAGCGUCGCUGACUCUAGUCGCUUCCUUUGUCAAAUGGCGAAAAGAUCGAAGGAAGAAAUAGAAGCAUCUUGCAAUGGCGAAGUGCGUCCUCUCUUGGAUGGACAAGCCGUUUCGUCGUCUCAGUAUGGUUCAGUAGAUCACCCUGAAAUUGACUCUAUUGACGAUUCGGGUCCAAAGGAAGCCUUAGCACGAUGCCUUUCCAAGCCAAUCCAGCAUGAGAGCUUAGAUUAUGAGGUCCUUGAAUCUGCGAUUCACGACGAGGACUGGCGCUCACGAACGCGAACUGAGCACCUCCAGUACACAUUGCUCAAAUGGCUAUUUGUCCUGCUCGUCGGUGCUGCGACAGGAGCUGUCGCCUUUUUCAUAAACAUGGGUGUCGAAAACAUCGCCGGCUUCAAGUACCAGCUUGUCCGUAAAUUCAUGAAGACCGAAAGUCUGCUUGCAGGCUUCUUAACCCUAGUGUUUUCGGACGUCUCUCUCGUCCUCUUCUCGUCGCUUCUCUGUAAUGUAAUUUCGAUGGAAGCUGCUGGCUCUGGCAUCCCAGACGUCAAAGCGUAUCUCAACGGAGUAGAUGCUCCAAGAAUAUUUGCAGCCAAGACUCUCUUUGUCAAGAUCUUCGGUAGUAUAGGCUCGAUCGCUGGUGGUCUUGCUGUGGGAAAGGAAGGUCCACUUGUUCACACAGGGGCGUGUAUCGCAAACGUUCUCGGUCAAGGUGGCUCUCGGAAGUACCAUCUCACAUGGAAGUGGUUGCGGUACUUCAAGAAUGACAGGGACCGGAGGGAUCUGGUGACAUGUGGUGCUGCAGCAGGUGUUGCUGGUGCUUUUAGAGCUCCUGUGGGUGGUGUUCUCUUUGCCCUGGAAGAAGCAACCUCUUGGUGGCGAAGUGCACUUCUCUGGCGCGUCUUUUUCACGAAUGCAGUUGUGGCCAUGGUUGUCCGUGCUCUUAUGACCUAUUGUGCGAAUGGACACUGUGGGCUUUACAAUGGCGGAGGGUUUAUCAUAUUUGAUCAUACAGAGGCAAAGACGGACUUUGGAAUGCUGGAAAUGGCUCCAGUCAUUGGGUUGGGAAUCAUUGGUGGAAUAGCUGGGAGCAUUUUUAACCAGCUCAACCUUUCACUGUGCAAGUUGAGACAAAAGGGGAGCAGGCGUGGAGCUUGGAAAAUCGUGGAGGCUUGUGCUGUGGCAGCAUUGACAUCUGCUGUUCGCUUUUCUGUGCCAUUCCUGGUCAAAUGUCAGCAAUGCCCGGAUGGGAUUGAGUGCCCAAGCAAGACAGAGAUGGGCUACUACAAGAGCUUCACUUGCCCUCCAGGCCACUACAAUGACAUGGCUGGCCUGCUCUUUACACCCAAUGAUGACUCCAUCCGAAGUCUUCUCAGCAGUGGAACCCAUCAUGCAUUCUCGUACACCUCCCUCGGCAUCUACUUUUUCUGCUUCUACUUCUUAUCCAUCCUCACAUAUGGCAUCACUGUGCCAUCUGGACUGUUUGUCCCUGCAAUCGUUUGUGGUGCGACCUAUGGCCGCGUGGUUGGAAGAAUUAUGUCCAACUAUGCGCCAUCAGACAACCUGGAUGAGGGGACGUAUGCUCUUCUUGGCACAGCUUCUUUUCUUGGGGGAUCCAUGAGGACAACAGUCUCGCUUUGUGUGAUUCUCCUGGAGCUGACAGGAAGCUUGAAGCUUCUCCCGCUUAUCAUGAUUGUGCUGCUGGUUUCGAAGACUGUCGGUGACAUGUUCAACAGCGGGAUUUACGAUGCACACAACCAGCUGAAGGGGAUUCCGUAUCUGGAGGCUCAUCCAGAGGAGGCCAUGCGGCAUUACACUGCUAAGGACAUCCUGGUUUCUGAGCCGGUAAAGUUCUCAGGCGUCGAGAGGGUGGAGCGGAUCUACGAUACCCUCCGAACAACAAACCACAACUCUUUCCCAGUCAUCGACACCCAUGAAGAUGGCUCGACAUCAUUCUAUGGGCUUGUCUUGAGAGGUCAUCUUUUGGUGCUGCUACGGUCGAAGCAGAGCUUUCUGCUUGAUCCGCUUCAAGUUUCUGAGGCCCUCAACAAGAAGCAACUUGCAGCAGAGGAUUUUGGGAAGCCAGGAUCAGGGAAGGGUUUGAAGCUGGAGGACAUUGAGCUGACUGAAGAGGAGCAAGGCAUGUUCCUGGACUUGCAUCCUUUGGCCAACAGAUCACCAUACAUUGUGCCUGAGAGCAUGUCUCUCAACAAGGCAUACAUGCUCUUUAGACAGUUGGGCCUUCGGCACCUUUGUGUGGUUCCCAAGCCAACUCAUGUCAUGGGCAUCAUAACCCGCAAGGAUCUGCUGCCCCAGAAUUUUAGUGAGCGGAAUGUGUCUCAGACUUCUUUGGUUUAGGAAAUGUGUGUCAAGUCAAGCUAGCUAAUAGUGUUCCUUUCUCCUCUCAAGUGCUCAAUAAAC